GAGCACGUGAAGGUAGCACAUUCAUCCCGCUCGGCGUGCGCACGCGCACGGCAGCAUUUAGGACAAACUAGUAAAAGCCACGGAGGGUAGCAACAGAGUGCCUACCUUUAUUUCGUUUUUUUGUGGUUAUCUUCUGCAAUAACUUUAUUUUUUCCAGGUUUGGCUUUCAGUAUGGCCCGUGGGCACCAGAAGUUCCAGUCCCAGCAAAAGAACGCCAAGAAACAGGCAGAGAUCAAGAAGAGCAAAGGCCAUGACCAGAAGGCAGCAGCUAAGGCUGCUUUAGUGUACACCUGCUCUGUUUGUCGGACACAAAUGCCUGACCCAAAGACCUUUAAGCAGCACUUUGAAAGCAAGCAUCCAAAGUCCCCGAUGCCCCCAGAGUUGGUCGGUGUGGAGGCAUGAGACACUGGCCCCUUGUUCAGAAAGACAGUUGGAGUUCAAUCAGGAUGGGUCGAAUACAUUUUGCCAUGUUUCAGAUAAAAAUAUCCUCAGUACAACUUAAAUGAUUGCCCUUGCUGCCUAAUUUAGUAAUUUAUGUAUGGCUAUUCUAUGCAGGGAUGAAAACUGUACUCGCCUUCUUGUCCAAGGUCUUUGUUUUUUAGACUGGAUUCAUGCAAAAUUUUCCUCAUUUGCAAGAAUUUAGAUGGGGGUUAGCGGUGAAGGUGUAAACAUAGCAACCAGAGACCCUCUGUAGGCUUGUGCCAAAAGUCCAUAAGUUCUGUCGCUGGCUGUAAACAUGAUGUUUCUAUCUGAUCAUUUCAAAAUGUUAACGCUCACAAGACCAACUUGUCCCUGGGCUCUACCACCGUUACUCCAUCUCAGGGCUCCCGCUGUUUCAGGACAAGCUUUGAAUUCAGACAAAAAUAUGAAUUGGCACUGACUCAGCUGAACAAGCUUGUAAUGUAGUUAAUGAUACUUGGAGAUCAUCUGCAUUGUAAACCAGUGUACUGUGAAAGCCACAAGGGGUUUUUUACUGAGAGUUCUGAUGCACCGGGGUGUGGGAGGAAAUUAGAGUUCAUGCUACUAGGGAUUGGAAAGAUAGUCAUCCAGAGCCACUCACAAUGUAUUCUUUUGAAUGAAUUCAAAUUUACCUCAAAUCUGCACUGUUUUUUCCCCUCAUAGUUAUUUUCAAAGAGGAUUAGCCCAUACUUACUUGUUCAUGUUAAUAUAUUUAAAAGUCAUUGGCGCUGAGAAUUGCGCAUUGCGUUUUCCCUGAGAUUUUUCUAUAAAUAUGUCAAGUCCAUGUCUAAUGUGAGGUUCUCAUGCACAAGUUGUCACAUCUAUAAAUUUGACCAGAGAGGGCGCUGCAACUUUACUCAUAGCACAUCCAUACUUGACAGUCUCUUUGACUCUUCUCUUCAUGGAACAUUGUGACAAUUACAUUUUUUUUUUGUCAUUCCCCUCAUCCUGUUAAAUUGUCUGUUGUGUGAAUUUUGAGAGAAAUAGGAUGAACAUGAAAGUUUGCACUGGUUGUUGUAAAUGAUGAUGCAAAUGAGCUACUACUGUCCCUCUGAAAAACAGUCUGUGUUUGUGGCACAAUCAUGGAACACCACACCAUAUUUGAUAAUGACUUUGUUCACUACUGUUUUCCCAGAUGUGUUAUUUGUCAGAAAUACCACGCUGGCAUCUUGGCACAUACGAAAACCACGGUCUUUGAUGUUAUCCCGUCAUGAUGGUGCAAAAGUAUCUAGAUUCUAACGGACCUUGCAUUAGAAGUCUGACCUACAUUACACUGAAAGUUAGUUUUGGUUGUUAUUUUGUUAUUAGCUAGUUAUCUUAGCAUGCUAACAGAUUUAAUUUAUAGGAAGAAGCUAUUUGAAAUAAAUUCGGACCUACUGUCAUUAACCACUGAUGUUAUAUCACUGUGCUAAAGUAUGGACUGACAACCAGCCAUGUUUUUACUCUUAUUAUAAUCAUAUCUUUGUCCACGCAAUGUAAUGUAUAGCCUUUUAAUAAAGGUAUUACUUUUAUAUGA